UUUUCUUUUCCCAACCCAUAUUAGCACUAGCAGCCAUAUAAUCUGCGUUUAGCUAGCAGGCUGUUAAUCGUUAUGCAUUUGUUUUGCCUUUAACUAUAAUUUAAACUAGCUAUUUUACGACGUGGUUUGCAACAGCGACAGCGAGAGGAAGUGGAUUGGCUGCAUUUCGAUGGAGACGCUGUCAAAGACACUCGGUGCUGAUGCUACGCGGGAGAAGGAGCUCUGUCCACCUCCAGCACCCAGAGGAGUAGUAUCUGACAUCAUGUCACUCCCAUCCUACAGAGAGUAUCCUGCCCACCGUCCCUUCAUCAGCACACUUGUGCAUCACACACCCCAAACACGCACACAUCUUUCAUGUCGACCACCAUCACCCAGCAAGGCAUUCCCAGAGACCAACUGUACAGAGAUCCUAUCUGGCCUGAGGAAUCUCCAGGAGAAGAUCAGGAGGUUGGAGUUGGAGAAAGGAGCUGCAAAGCUCAGUCUGCACACUAUGGGGAAAGAGGCAUUGUCCACACAUCUGCAGAGUGAUAAAGUCACACAGCAACUCUUGAAGGAUCACACAGACACAGAUAGAGAGAGAAAUGGCAAGUCCAACUGCAAUCAAGCGUUGAUCACCCACCUGGCUGCAGCAGAGUCUCGCUGUGUGAAGCUGGAGCAACAGCUGGAUCACAUGAAGAAGAUGCUGCGCAGCGCCAAGGCUGACGGGACCAGCCUGCUCAAACAGCAGGUUCCCGUCGAGACAGCCACGUCAGCUGAUCCACAUUGUGGCACAGAGUCUGAGCAUGCCCAGUUAGAGAAGCUGGAGCGACUGGAGCAGGAGUAUUUCAGGCUGACACGCACCCAAAACAAUGCUUCGCGGAAAAUUCGGAGGCUGGAAAUGAAACUCCAGGAGGAGGAGCACCAGAGGAAGCUGGUCCAGGACAAGGCCAAUCAGCUACAGACAGGUUUGGAGACCAACAGGAUACUGCUGCAGUCGGUGUCACCUCACCUGUCUUCCAGUCAGUCAAAAGAGAAAAAGUCACAUUCAAAGAAAUCUUCACCACAGCAGUCGUCUUUCACAGAGCCACACUAUAGACUGAGCCUCAGGGAUAUUCCUUUUGUUGCUGGAACGUCGGCCGGCUGCAGCCACUCGGUCCGAGCUAACGUCCAGUCCGUUUUGUCUCUCCUGAAGCGACACCAGCCUCAGCUCUGCAACAGCCGUGUCCUCUCCAACAGCUGUGAGACGGGGAGUGGGAGGCAUUCAGACAGCUACUCCUCUUCCUCCUCUGGCAGUGGUGAAGAGCUGUCAGAGCUUCUUCAAGCACUGCACGAGGAGCUGCGACUUAUGAGCGUAGAGCAGGAGGAGUUGAUGAAGCAGGUGGAGGCGAGUGUUUCUACGCAGGAAAGAAAAGAACUCCAGCGGGAGCAGGAGAGGCUGCUGCUGAAAAUGGAGAGGAAAGGAGAGCAGAUCGGUCAACUCUACAAACACAAAACACAGAUAAAAAAGUUAAGAAAAGAAAGUAACUCCAGGCAGAACAGAGGGAACGAGGUGAGAGGGACGACCACAGUUUCCACCAGAGGUCGCUCAGCUGCAGUGAGACCAGGAGAGAGGAGCCAGAGCAACCUGAGGCUGCUGAGGGACAUGAGGGCUCUGCAGACCUCCCUGUGGACCUGACACUCAGCAGGACGGAACACACACAGAACCCUAAACUAAUCCUGUCAGUGCUAUCUACCUACCUUUGGUCGUAUAUGGGAACCAUCCACACAGUCCCUGACAGAUUAUAACUAAAGAAUAUCCCUUCAUGAACAUAUGAGCUAUGAUCCCUUGUGGAAAAUAUAUUUUUUACUGUUUGAGCAACAUGCAACAGAUCCAAAAAGUCUGGUUUUAAACCAGACGGAUGUUUAUACCAGUCCACCCAAAGUGUAUUUUAUCCCAAAAAAUAAAAGAGGGGGCUUUAACUUGUAAUUUACUCAUUCUUUAUAAAUACCUCAGAAGAAACUAUAUUUGUGUUCAUGGAGCAUGUCUGCUAAAACAUUUUGGCUACAUCCGUUUUCUUUUUAAAUUAACUCCUUCACCAGCAGAGGGCAUACUAGUUAUAGUUACAGCUUCACUAUCCUAAAAGUGAACUACCAAAAAGUGAUGGAAACAGUUUUUGAUUUUUUUCUUGUAGUGCUUUUGGGCUUGGAAAUAUAUUUUACACUAAUAGGAUAUCAGUAAUAUAUAUUUUUUAAAUUAUUGGUGUUAAAAGAUUCCUGGGUUUCUUAAUAGUUACACAUCAUAAAUAGUGCAGCAGCCUUUAGCGUUGUAAAGUUAUGAAAUGCUUUAAUCGAUAUUACUGUAUGUGAAUUACCUACUGUGUUGAAGGACCUAAAAUACACUGUGAUGUACUUUA